GUGUGUGUGUGUGUGUCCGUGUGUGUCCGUGUGUGUCGGUGUGAGCGGAUGUACAUUCAGACCCAGCAGUCACAAUUUGUGUGGCAAGUGGUAAGGGCUUAUUCUUCGGCGACACUUCACGCACGUGCACAUCAUUCUGUGGAGGAUCUCAGAUGGUUGUGGGUUCAAACCCGCCCACUGACGAUUGACUUGUGAGGGAAAGCCAGCUGUUACCUUCUGAUAAAAUAGAGUAGUGAUCGUUGUUUGUGUUAUACAGUUUUACAGCACUUGCAACGCGGGUAGGUCAUAAAAGUGCCGAGAAUUUGAAGUGUAUCCAAGCAGGUUGCAGUUGUUUUAAGCUCCUUGACUGUGUGUUAGUAGUGAUCGUUGCUUGUGUUAUAGAGUUUUACAGCACUUGCAACGCGAGUAGGUCACAUAAGGGCCCAGGAUUAGAAGUGUAUCUUAGUAUAGAAGUGAUCGUUUUUUUGUGUUAUAGAGUUUUACAACGCUUGCAAGACGGGUAGCCCACAACGGUGCCGAGGAUAAGAAGUGUUGCUUUUGGGAGUAACAAGCGUAAAGAAGAAGGAGAGAUAAAGACGAAAGAUUGACGUUUAUACUAUAGGAAAGAAAGGACAGAUCACAGCAGAGCACCCACAAAUCACCUGCCAGUAGUUACUUUUUCUAGUUCGUGUCAGGGGUUCUGGUUCGUGUCCAGAGGUGAGAGGUAUGCCAACCUAACACGAUGACGUCACAAACAUACACGCAGGAAACGGGUUCAAAUCCGAGGCAAGAACCAGCCAUAGCUGAGGAGGAGUGGGAUGAAGACGAAG